CAUCACAUAUCUGUUGCCAUACAUUUAAUGGGUGUUUACGGUGGGUUCGACUGCUUUUGAUCGAGACACGCUAUGUUGCGCAUAAAGAAACAUAAUUUGAUUUAACUGGGAAAUUACAGCUAGGUCCUACAGUCAAUGGGCAGCUGUUUCCCGGGGAUUGCUGAUUUUGGCGCAACCUAUGUGCGUCGGGAUAUUAGUCCGUGUCGAAGGUUUAAAGAGUUUUGUUUACAAAAUGGAAGAAUUUAAAACCUGUAAUCUAGAUUACUUUCCCGAAAACAUUUUAAUUGAUGUGUUGUCGUUUCUGAGCGUACGAGAGCUCGUCAGAGCUGGAAGGGUGUGUAAGAGAUGGAAACGCCUUGUUAAAGACCAGAGGCUGUGGAGACUUGUCGACCUGACUGCAUGGAAAGGGGUGACAUCCCGCAUACUUUGGGUCCUGCUGCGUCAGUACCUGGGUUGUGGACUAAGGUGCCUACGGUUGCGUGGUUUGCUGCUCUCUGCCCGAGGCGGCACUUUUCUCUCUGAGUCUUGGCUCAAAGCUUUGGCCACAAAGUGCCCUCGCCUGAGUAAGCUCUAUCUUCUGCAUGCAGACCUGAGAGGCCUGUCCAGUUGCCAGCUUUUACCUCCAUCUCUGCAGGUGCUGGAGCUGCGUGGUUGUGAGCUGCCUCGAGGCUUUUUCAACCAGACACUCCCUUCUUCACCUGCCCAAGAAAGAGCAGAGGCCACAUCCAGUGUUGCUGCUCGGCAGCAAAGGCAGGAUCAGAAAGCAAAACAGCUUGGCUCUCCAGCAGGAAUUGCUAUUGAGACAUUAGUUCUUAACAAUGUGCCCUCUUUCACGGACCAGCACCUACAAAGUCUGACAUCAUGGGAGAAGCUCAGUCGAUUGGAGCUGCGGGACACCUUUCGCGUGACAGCUAAUGGGCUCAGGAGCUGUGCUGCCAAGGACGGCAUCUGUGGUGUGGAAGGACUUUCCAGGCUCAAGUUUCUGGAAAUAGGCAUCACUGGGCGGCAGGGCUACCAGUUACAGAUGGCCUCCCUAGGGCUAGGGGCUGGAUGGCUCGGACUGGAGGAACUGAGCCUUGGUGGUAAAGAGGUGGGGCCAGGCCUGCUCUGUGCCAGCCGUCUGAAGGACCUGAAGCGUCUGUGCCUGUGGGCUUGUACGCUCAGUGAGAUGCAGAUAGUCCGGAGCUGCCGAAUGCUCCGUGGACUCCGUCGACUGGAGUUUUUGGACGUGAUCUUCCAGCCUCGGCAGUGUCCACCAGUGGUAGAAGGGGAUGGUGGUGGUGAGGAACAGCAGGACAGUGAGGAAGCUGCACGUGGAGAUAGCAGCAAUGAUGAGAACAAGACACUGGAUGCGAACGAUCCAAUUCCAAGUCUGCGUCGCUCACUGGCUGGCCUGCUGCCAUCCUGCACACUAGUUUUCACCAAUUGCUCCAUUCAGAUAAAUGCAGACUAAGUGAUGUCUUUUCUACUGCUGAAUACAAGUAAUAGAAUUCUCUUUCACACAGGCACGUCAUUUUUAUAGUAUUAUUGACAUAUUGAUUGACUUAAGUUUUUAUUGUUGUAAUCUGCAUAUAAGUAUGUCCAUCCCACACUGGCUUACAAGAUAUAACAAUUUCAUAUGAGUCAGCACCAGAGUGCUGCAUAUAUGUUUUCAAACAGUCAGAUUGUCAGACAUUCGUGUUGACAAAAUUUUUAAAAAUCACUGAUAAAACAACUGUAAUACUAAUACUGGAGAAAUCAAAGGGAACUCUAAUUAAAUAGUUCGUCUUGUCUUCUUUUCCAGGUUUUUGAGACUGUUUCUUUCCUGAAUAUUUAGCCAGAGGAGGAAUACCAGAUCUCUCCUGAGCAACUUAAGAUCCAUGGCUUCUAGAUAAGUGAGAUAUAACAAAUUAUUCACAGCUUUUGUAAAAAUAUAUAUGAAAAGUACCAAAUUAAGGUGCUUCAUUACGUUGCUGAAAAAUCAUGUUGCCAUAAAGCAGACUUGUUUUUGGAUUUGCAACAUUGCCUCAGAGACCCAGACAUAUUAAAGUUUUAGCCAUCACAUUAUGAACAAUUUGGGAAAAUUUCCGAUCUUGACAAAUUCUGUAUUGUCUCGUGGUUUGUAUUGUCAGCAUUGUUACCCAGUAUCUUCAAGGUAAAUCAGUGGACAGUCUCAUAUUGUAAAGGAAAAUAUGGAACUGUUGCUGCUAGACUGCAAAGGCACAAGCAGGUGUCAGCUACAAAAGCAGAGAACUGAAACAUACUGCUGGCAAUGAUCCACCUGUUUCCUGUUCUUUAACUCCUUUUCAACAAUCUAUACAUUCAGAAAAAUUAUCGGUUACAAGCAGGUGUUUGGUUUUAGUGUAACAGAAGAACUGCAUACUAUAUUUAAAUUUAUCUUUAUGUAGACCUAAUUACCUGUCGUUUUUCCAAUUUUUCUCUACAUGCUCUUUAGAAAUUAUGAAAUGAGAAAUGAUAAUUGUAAAUGAUUGAUUAAUUGUAAAUCGAUUGUGUAAAAGAAGGUAAAACAUGGUUUUGACGUUUGUCAUUUUAAGAACAAAGAAGUUUGAAAUUUUAAAUGAGAAGCUGUUUUGAAUAAAUUCAUUUUGAACAAAUAAGAACCAAUGUAUUGUUUAUCUUUGUAUUUUGUCAUUUAACUGCCCUGUUCUCUAAAAACAUUAUUAAAGGUCUUUUUUUUGACUGAC